AUGAGACAAAAGGUGUCACCACUUACUAUUGGUACAUGGAAUGUACGUACGCUUCAAGACAACCCAUUAGCAGAUCACCCAGAAAGAAGAACAGCUCUGGUAGCUAGAGAGCUUGCAAGGUUCGACAUCGACAUUGCGGCCCUGUGUGAAACUACCUUAGCAAAUGAAGGUCAACUCACAGAAACAGGAGGCGGCUACACAUUCUUUUGGUGUGGACGUGGCAGUGACCAACGUCGUGAGUCUGGAGUUGGCUUUGCGGUUAAAAAUUAUCUUGUUCGCCAACUUGCCAAUCUUCCUAAGGGUGUAAACGAUCGGCUCAUGUCACUGCAACUUCCAUUACUACGUCGAAAACAAGCUACGCUGAUCAGUGCCUAUGCACCCACAAUGACAAAUCCAGAUGAAGUAAAGGACAAGUUUUAUAAUGAUCUCGAUGCCCUACUUUCAUCUGUGAAGUGCACUGACAGAGUGAUUCUACUUGGUGAUUUUAAUGCGAGAGUGGGAUCCAAUGACUCCACCUGGGAUGGCGUCAUUGGCAAAAACGGAAUCAACACAUGUAACAGCAAUGGUCUGCUACUAUUGAAGACAUGUGCUGCUCAUGACUUGGUCAUUACUAACACCAUCUUCCGUCUACCUACUAGCAAAAAGACAUCCUGGAUGCACCCACGCUCCAAGAACUGGCAUCUAAUUGAUUAUGUCAUAGUGCGGAGGAAAGACUACAGGAAACUAAGAGUAACUAAGGCCAUGCCGAGUGCUGACUGCUGGACUGACCAUAGAUUCAUCAUUUCUAAACUAAAUAUCCACAUCAAACCUAAGAAGCGGCCACAGGGAAACAGAGUUGUGAUAAAGAAGAUCAAUUUCAAUACAUUGGUAAAUCCCAAUAUCGCAGCCUCAUUGGCUCUCGGACCCGCAUGCAGGAAACAGUGGGAUUGGUUUGAUGAAAGCGAUGAAUGGAUUAAGGCCUUGCUAGCCGAAAAACAUCGCCUUCACCAUGCUCAUCAAAAUGACCCGUCGUCAACUGCAAAGAAAAAUGCUUUUGUCAACACUCGCAGGGAUAUAGAGAGUAAACUCCAUAAGAUGCAGGACUCCUGGCUGAGUGCCAACGCAGAUGAAAUUCAGAAGUUUGCUGAUAGAAACGAUACCAAACGUUUCUAUGAAGCCAUCAGAUCCCUGUAUGGACCUCAGUCUUCAGGAAGCUCUCCUCUACUGGAUUCGAAUGGUACAACUCUCAUCACUGAGAAAACUCUGAUUCUACAGCGUUGGGCUGAACAUUUCCACUCUGUGCUGAACCGCCCAUCUAUCAUCAAUAAUGAGGCAAUUGACAGAAUACCCCAGGUGGAUAUCAACUAUAGCCUGGAUGUCCCACCAUCAGAGGCUGAAACCUUACAGGCUAUCAGUCAACUGUCAAGCGGCAAGAUCUUGGCACGAAUGUUGCUAAAUCAUCUGAUUGAUCAUCUGAAACGUGGCCUGCUACCUGAGACAAAGUGUGGUUUUCGCAAAGAGCGUGGCACGAUGGACAUGAUAUUUGCAGCUCGACAGCUUCAGGAGAAAUGUCAGGAGCAAAAUCGUGAACUAUACACCACCUUUAUAGAUCUUACCAAGGCUUUUGACAGUUAG